GGGGGCGGGACCGCGGCGCUAGGGGCAGGCGGGCGCCGAUGGCGGCGGCGAGGGGCACCUGAGCGGGCCGGGGCCAUGAGCGCCACCCGGCCCCAGUUCAGCAUCGAUGACGCCUUCGAGCUGUCUCUGGAGGACGCGGGCCCGGGGCCCGAAUUCAGCGGAGUCGCCCGCUUCGGCCCGCUGCACUUCGAGCGCCGGGCCCGGUUCGAGGUGGCCGACGAGGACAAGCAGUCCCGGCUGCGCUACCAGAACCUGGAGAACGAUGAGGACGGAGCCCAGACCUCUCCGGAGCCGGAUGGAGGAGUCAGCACCAGGGAUUCCAGCCGAACGUCCAUCCGCAGCUCCCAGUGGUCCUUCAGCACCAUCAGCAAUAGCACCCAGCGCUCCUACCAUGCCUGCUGCAGCUGGACUCAACACCCUUUGAUCCAGAAGAACCGCCGGGUAGUGCUGGCCUCCUUCCUGCUCCUGCUGCUGGGGCUGGUGCUGAUCCUGAUCGCCGUGGGACUGGAGGUGGCCCCCUCGCCAGGUGUCUCCAGCGCCAUCUUCUUCGUGCCCGGCUUCCUGUUGUUGGUUCCCGGAGUCUACCACGUGAUCUUCAUCUACUGCGCGGUCAAGGGCCACCGGGGCUUCCAGUUCUUCUACCUGCCCUACUUCGAGAAGUGAGCUGUGGGCGGCCGGCCGGGAACCAGCCUCGUCUCCGAGCGGCCCCAGGGGGCGCUCCUCGGGUCCGCCCCGCUCUGGUUCCCUCAUCUCCAGGGAAGAACUCCGGGACCCGGGAGCCCCCAACCCCCUCAGAAGUUUGCUCAGGAAGUUUGCCCAAUACCCAGGCCUGGAAAAGUUGCCCCUGGCCUGUUCUGUGCCUUAACUUAUUCUCGGGCCCUGGGGCUGCUGGGUUGGUGGUGUUUUGUGCUAAUAAAAGAAUGUGCUUCAUUCCAGAAGAG